GUGAGGAGGCUUUCGAGAGAGGGAAGUAAAUUGUUGUGGCCAGAGCAGCAGAAGCAGCAAGUGAUGGUGAAGACAUUGUGGCUUCAUUCUUCAGUACUAACUGGGAGAUAGCACUGGGACCGCAAGAGUGAAAGAAAACUGCUUGUUUUGUGGAAAAGCAAAACUCUGCAGCAAACAUCUAAAAUGAAGAGGCCCCGAACUUUUGAGGAGCAAACGGAAUGCAUCGUGGACACUUUACUCACAGACUUCCUGGGCACCACAAUGCAGGUUGCUGACCGGGACCUAUAUUGUGGAGACGAACCAGAUUCAGGAGAGUCUUGCUCUUUUGACGUGGCCAUCAUUGCUGGUCGCCUUCGGAUGUUGGGUGACCAGUUCAAUGGAGAAUUGGAAGCUUCGGCCAAAAAUGUCAUUGCAGAAACCAUUCGGGGACAGGCAGGAGCUGUACUUCAGGACACAGUAAAAUCUCUCAGCCAGGCCUGGUGUGCCCAGGAUUCCAGCUUAGCUUACGAGAGAGCCUUUCUGGCAGUGUCAGUGAAGCUUCUUGAAUAUGUGGUCCGCAUGGCUCCCGAAAUGGCAAGACGGAUGGCUGUCCCCAUGACAGACAUGAUCAAUGGCAACAGUGCCAUCCGGGAGUUUGUCCAGGGCCAGGGAGGUUGGGAGAAUCUGGAGAGCUGAAGAAGAGGUGGUGCUGUUUCCUAGCCUGAACAUCGUCUCCACUCUGAUUACGUGAUUGAUUGCUGGCCAUUGAAACAGACACCCCAAUCCAAAGCUACUUUCUUUUGGACACAACUGGACUUAGCUGAAUAAUUUCUUUUCCACUGAUUGCUGAAGUGGGGAGCAGCCCUCGGGGGUCUACGGAGAUUUUGUACUUUCUGUCUUCAUGUGCAUAUGAAUGAGGUUCCAUUUAAGCAAAGACCUCCAGAUACAAAGUAAUGGCUUGUUAGGAGUGGAAUUCCAGGCAACAGAGCAGGCCUCUGCUGGACAUAUUUUGGGAAAGGGAGCACACGGUAAACUAUUCAUUCAGAUUUAGCCCUAUCCUUUGGUAAGGAUCUUGUCUACUCAUUUUGCAGUCUCAAGGACUUCAGGGAAAUUUUUGUUGGAAUCUGGUUAUUUUAAGUUGAGGAUUUUCUUUUAAAUUCCUAUCCUAAGUUUUGUGUUCAUUUCACCAAAGGAGAAUUAUUUAUGCACUUUUAGGUUGAAAGCAAAAAAAAAAAAAAAAAAAAGGCAGUUUCUUCAUCUGCCCUUCUACUAGAAAGGCCAACAAAAGAUAAAACAGAGCAUUUUUACCGCCACAGGAUGCAGGAAGUGCUGGCCCACAUCUAGGACAGUGGGGCCAUCCCAGCUUAGCUGAAGCUAGCUGCAUACCACAGUGUUUUUAAAACCAAAAAGUGGUUUACAUACCACUUGUGGACCUUAAAAAUUGCUGACUUCCAGGCCCCAUCCCUAGAGAUUCCGAGUCUGUAGGGGGAGGCUGGGGCCUAGGAUCCUACCUUUUUAACCAGUUCCACAAGGGAUUUUUAUGUCCAUAUAGAACUUGAGAACCAUCAUGUUAGAGCAGGGGCUGGCCAAAUCCCGCCUGCUGCUUUUUUUUUCGAUAGGUUUGUUGGAAUGCUACACUCACUUGUUUCCAUACUGCGCAUGGCUGUAUUAGACUGCAACAACAGAGCUGAGGAGUUACAGUAGACCCCUUAUGGCCUGUAAAAUAUAUUUGUUCUCUGGCCCUUACAGAAAAGCAUGUAGACCCCUGCUUCCAAGCUAAAUGAACAUUUCUCCUUGAAUAAUUUAAAUUCUGUUGCAAUCCUGAUCGUCUGUGCCAAACACAAUUGUAUGUAGGUUAACUUUUUUUUUUAGAAUCUAGUCUGGAGUGUUUUUUAGUUCCUGCAUAGUUCACACUCUCUCUGGGAUGUUGGCAAAUCAGAAAGCUCUGGGACGCCUGGGCGGUCAGUCAGUAGAGGGUAUGCACUUCCCUGGCCCCUACAUAAGUGGCUACAAAUGAAGCCUGUGGUAUCUACGGCAUGUGUUUCUUGGAAUAAUCCUUCAUAAUCUCAUAGAUUAGUAGGCAAUCAUCAAGUGGAGACUCUUACAAUCAUAAGCCCCAAGGCUUGGCUACUUACCUGAUUGUCAAGAAGAAAAACAUUGCUAUGUCUAUUUUUGAAGAAAGGCAUUAAUGGUUUGGUUACAGUUUGGCUCAAGUAUAACCACAUCCCCUCCCUUCAGCCAGCCAGCUAUCUGUUUCCCCUAAAUGCAUGGAAAUAAAGAUGUAGCCUGCUACUAUAUUUUGACUGUUUCAAGUUAUGCUAUUUCCUCUAUUCAUGAAUAAAUCACAAAAGGUUAGUAAUCCCAGAUGAGAUUUCAUGUUUCUCUUAAGUAGAAAUCAGCUUUUUUUUUUGCUACCAAGUUUAGACACUCGAUGUGUUCCUUUGUCCCUUACAUGACUAUAAACUCAACAUGGUAGGUUUUGUGGUAUUUUACUUCUUAGGUGAAAUCACUAUUUUCACUUUGACCAAUGCUGUUUUGUUCAUGAAAUAAAAUUGUGUCUAUGUAUUUGAAGUAAUUCUCAGUAAGUGCAAUCUCAAUCGAAUGCUAGAGAAACAGAACAGAUUGGUGGUUGCCAGGGGCAGGGGGUGGGAGGUAGGGGAAAUAGGUGAAGUUGGGCAAAGGGUAUAACCUUCCAGUUAUAAGAUGAAAAGGGUCUGGGGAUGUAAUAUACAGCAUGGGACGAUAGUUAACAACACCAUAUCAUAUAUAGAAAAGUUGCUAAAAGAGAUUUUUAAAGUUUUCCACACACACACACACACACACACACAAAACCACAGUAUGUAUUUAUAUACAUAUCUUUUAAGGUUUUAUUUUUUCUAAGUCAUCUCUACACCCAACAUGGGGCUCGAACGCACAACCCCGAGAUCAAGAGUUACAUAUUCCACUGACUAAGCCAGCCAGGCGCCCCAAAACACACUGUUUAGUUAGGCAAGGUGACAGAUGUGUUAACUAACCUUAUUGUGGUAAUCAUUACGCUGUACGCCUUAAACUUAUACAAAGCUAUACAUCUGUUAUAUCUCAGUAAGCUGAAAAAUAAAGUAAAUGAUAAAUGUCA